GAGUCAAUCGACUGGUAUGACCGGAGGUUCAUCCGGAGAACUGACAAUCGAAACAGGCAACCAGGAAGGAAAUAUUGAUCUGGAUGUAAGUCACGAGGAAACUGUGGGUCAUGACAUCACCGGAUCUGAAAAUCAAGGAUCCCUGAACAUAAAUAUUGAUCAUUCGGCCGGUUCCAGCGGCACCAUUGAAGGCUCCAUUGAAAACACCUUACCAGCUGUAGAUUUCGAAACCAACAAUGACUGGAAUGAUGUUGAUUUUGGAGCUGACACGGAUGAUGUGCCUCCCAUAAAUAUUGACUGGAACACCGGUACUGUAAUACCGGAACCUGUGGUAACAGAACCCAUAAUUGUCCAACAAGAACCCGAAAGUCAAGAACCCGAGCCAGAAGCACCUCAAGAUCCUGAACCCAGUGUUGAGGAACCCAUGACUUUGGAGGCAGAACCCGUUGCUCAAGCACCUGAGGAACACCAACCGGAACCACAACCCACGGCAGAAGAACCCAUUCCAGAGGAACCAAUUGAAUUUGUCACCCAAGUCAUUGAACCCCAACCUGAACCCAUGGUGCCACAACCACCUCAAAUCAUUGAGACUGCACCUCAGGACCCCACUGUGGAGGUGCCUUCAUUAUUUGAUCCAAUUUUGGUACAUAUCCCAGAACCCAAGACAAGUUUACCAGAUGAGUUACCACCCUCUGUUAGUUUGUGGGAACAGGCAUUAAUUAACCAGCCAGUUGCUGAAGAACCCAUGGCCGAAGAACCAGCUCAAGCUGAAGAAGAACCCGCUCCCUUUGAAGAACCUGCACCAGUGGAGGAAACUGCUCCCGCAGAAGAAUCUGAAAUCGUAGAAGAAACUGAUCCCAUGGAAGAAACUGUUCUCAUGGAGGAAACUGCUCCCAUGGAGGAGACUGCUCCCAUGGAAGAAGCUGCUCCCAUGGAGGAGACUGUCCCCGCAGAAGAAACUACCCCCGUAGAGGAAAAUGCUCCCGCUGAAGAGACUGCUCCUAUGGAAGAACCUAUCCCUGUCGAGGAAGCUGCUCCCGCAGAAGAAUCUGUUCCAGUAGAAGAAACUGCCCCAGCAGAAGAAGCUGCUCCCGUGGAAGAACCUGCCACUGUUGAAGAACCUGUCCCUGUCGAAGAACCUGUCCCUGUCGAAGAAACUGCUCCCGCAGAAGAAGUGGCUCCCAUGGAAGAACCUGCUCCCCUGGAAGAAUCGGCUCCAGUGGAAGAAGAGCCAGCACCAGUAGAAGAACUUGCUCCAGUAGAGGAUACUCCUCCCAUGGAAGAACCCGUCCCCGCAGAAGUAGAACCUGUACCCGAAGAGGUACCCCUCCCUACCCCCGAACCAUCCAAUUGGCUGCCGGAACCAAUUGUAUCCGAUCCUAUUCCAGAACCCGUGGAAGAAGUACCAUCUGUUCCAGAACCCAUAGAAAUUCUACCCUUUGAACCCAGUCCCGUGGAAGAUAUGCCCCAGCCCAUUUAUGAAGAACCCACAAUUAUGCCACCCAGCGAAGAGCAACCAAUGACCCUGGAAGAACCACAGCCUCCAACUGAAGUACCUUACGAAGCACCCAUGGUUAGUCCACCUGAACCUAGCUAUGAAAAUCCUGAACCACCAAUGGAACAACCCAUCGAUUAUCCCGGGUCCAUGGUUGAAGAAUAUGUGGAUCCCAUGUAUCCCACAUAUCCUCAGCCUUCCUCCGACUGUGAUCAAGGAUAUGCCGCCUAUGACCUGUACUAUCACAGAUUGAUUCGUGACAUCUCCAAACUUCGUCGACUACGUCAUCGUCUCCUGAUCGAUUUGCAUACCCUUGAUGAUAUUGAAGAUGAGCCACUGCCGGAGCCAUCGUAUCGUCUCAACUAUUACCGUUAUCUGCAUGGCCUGGCACCACGUCUACCAUUUAUGACCGAGCUACCCACAGCCGGCAUGGGAUUCCGUAGAUAUCCAUUCUUUAGGCAAGUUAUGCAUGGUCUACCCAAUCCUGGCAGGUUCCUCAGCUACCGGCCCAAAUAUCAAAUGGCCAGGAUUCCUCAUGGUCUACCUCCACGCAUGGGCAUGCAGUAUGAUAGGUCCACCAUGCGUUAUCCCCAUGGGUUACCACCACGCUCUAGGUACUCCCUGAAUCUACCCUAUCCAGAAAUGCAAAUGCACAUGAGACAAGUUUCUCCUCCUAGAUUCCCUCUUCCUGAGAUGGAACGAAAUGUUCCGCGUCCUGAUUUCCAACAGAGCCUGAAUACUUUGGUAAAGCUUCCCCAAAUUUCUCCACCUCGUCCGGAGUUUCCAAAAGCCGUCAAUCCUCUACUAAAACUACCUCAAAUCUCCCCACCCCGUCCUGAGUUGCAGAAAAAGCUAAGUCCUUGGGCAAAGUUACGCCAAUUUGUUGUACCUCGUCCCGAGCCUCCACUAAACGCAAAUCUGCUAAAUGUUCUUUCCCAAAUUUCCCCUUCCAAACCCAGCUCCGAGGAGCACAGCUUCACUUCUACCCUCACUAAGCUGCCACAAAUUUCUCCACCUAAUGUAGAGUUUCCCAAAGAUUUCUCAUGGAUAACACGCCCACAAAUUUAUCCUCCCAAACCUGAAGCCCCAGAAGGUGAGGGUGAAAUAUCCCCUCCCAAGGAUAUGGUGAUGACAACUCUUCUGAAAUUACCUCAAAUUCAAAUUUCUCCCCCACGUCCCAGUGGCAUUGCAACGUUGGAACUACAUCAAAAUGAUGCCACAGCUACAGCUUCCCCUUCCCGUUUUGAGGUUUCGGCUGACAUUCCAAGACCAAAACUUCCUCUAGUUUUACCUGCACCCCUAACUCUGUCCCUUGAGGCCUCUAACGCAAAUGGUGAACCCAUGGAAAUGUCAACUUUUGAUCUACCACAAAUCUCCCCACAGAAACCUGGAUAUGGCGGUGUAGAGGUUUCCUCAGGUCCAGUAAAUGGUAAUAUUGCCGUCAAGUUUUUGCAUAAUUUUGCGAAUGGUGUCCCCAAGCCUCAGACUUUUGAUAUCAAAGUAUAAAUUUUACGAUUCGAA